GGAGAAAUGUCCGAAAGUCUUCAUUGUUUCAAUCGACUCCAACUAUUACUGAUAGAAUGUACACACAGUUAUGUUAACAUUUUUCAAAAUGAGAUACAUUUUAAUUUUUGUUGCUUUUACUUCUGGAAUUUCAUUUACUCAAGGAUUUUCAUUUGGAGAUAUUAAGAGCUUUUUAUCUACGCUGCUUGGACUAAAUGGUGAAAUAAACUUGACGAAAAGGUUUCAUGAUAGAAGUAUUUCCAAUCCAGAAAUUAGCAAAGGUCGCCUUUUCAAAUGCCCCACAAAACAUGGCCAAUAUCCAAUGGUGGAUGACUGCGGGAAGUACUUUGACUGUGAAUACCUAGUACCAACAGUGAAAACGUGCGGCGAAAUGCUCUACAACUCUGACACUGGAAAGUGCGACAGCCCCAGCAAUGUUACUUGUCCUCCUUAUAACACAAAUAAGAAAGUGAUCUGCUACUUCGAAAACGAACCCCAGCAGUCCCGCCAACAGAAACCAGAAGACAUGGAUCCGUAUCUGUGCACGCAUAUCCACUACGCUCAUGCGAAUUUGGAUUCCAACACUUUAAAGAUAGUGCCAUCAGUGAAAAAGAGAGAUAUUUUCAUGAGGUAUUACGAGAGAGUUACAAAACUGAAAAAACUGAAUCCAAAGCUGAAGGUCCUUCUGAGUCUAGGUGGAUGGAGAGAUAGCAGCGACAUGGGGAAGUAUUCUCGCCUCGUAGAAGAUCCGGAGAACUGGGAACGAUUUGCAAACCAUGCGGUUUCUUUUCUACGCCAGCACGACUUCGACGGACUUGAGAUAGAUUGGGAAUUUCCUGUCUGCCGAACGGAGAACUGCAAGUUUAACAGCGUGAAUAGUCAAGACAAGCAAGAUUUCGCAUCCUUUUUGGACUUUGUACAGUCAUUAUUUUCCAGUGAACCGGAACCUUUAUUAUUAACAAUUAAAGCAUCAGGAUCGCCAGAAAUUAUAAAUUUUGCCUACGAGCAAGCUGUUAUAAUAGAGUCAGUAGACUACAUUGUAGUCAUGGCCUAUAUGACUAACGCAGAAAAUCAAACACUUGCAACACAUCCUUCAAGACUUUAUCCCAGUAGAGAUGUGAACCACAAAUAUGAAGAUGCGCUGUCUAUGAUGGAAUUUUGGAAGCGGGUGGCCCCUGAAAAUAAGCUUGUUUUAGGCAUUCGGGCAGACGGUAGAAGCUAUCAGUUGAAGAACGAAGAAAAAGCACAUAUUUAUGCUGAAAUCGAAACCGACCCAGCACCAGUAGAUCUCCAAUAUCAUGAGAUUUGCAAACUUCUCAAUAAACAUCAAGAUUGGAAAGUGAAUCGGGAACCAGACAUUGGGCCUUACAUGCACAAACAUUAUGUCUGGAUUGGUUAUACGGAUCCAGCUUUUGCUAUGAAAUUAGCAAGUUUUGCGGACAAGAAAGGAUACGGCGGACUAGCUCUCAUCGACGGAAUCUCUGACGAUUUUGCCGGGGACUGCUGUCGCGUCAAAAACCCCCUUCUGAAAAGUAUCGUCUUUGGAUUAACACGUAGAGGAAUGCCCCCUACUCUACUCGGAUGUCCCUGAAGGAUCAAUGAAGCGAACUUGAUUAUACUUGUCGCAUCAAUUUGUCAAUAAACUGUUUCCUUGUUGUAAUA